AUGAGCGCGCGCGGCGGUGCAAGGGCUGCGUCUGGCGGGUUCGGCGGCUCAGGUGGUGGAGGUGGCCUCGCCUUUGGACGCUCCGUAGUCUCGCAGUCUCGAGAGGGUGGGGCGGAGGUCGUAGGUCAGAGGGCCAGAGGCUCCACUCGAGCCAAGCCGGGAGGGGGAGGGAUGGAGCUCGGAGGAUUGCCUUUCUCCGGUGAAGACACACCGGCGAGUGAAAAGGGAGACCUCUUCCUAGCGCAGAUCGUACGAAGCAAAACGCCGGCCACACAGAGCCUCCGUCGUUAG